GUGGGGAAAUCACUGGGCCUGCAGGCAGCCCCCAGAGGUCCAGGGGCUUGUUGACCAGGAGGCCCAACGUGCAGAUCGGGCCCAGAGGAGGUGCCAGUGGCCGGCCUCGGAACCGUGUUGACAUUUGGUCUGAAUUCCCCCAGAAGAAAGGCCAGCUUGUUUUCUCUGUUUGCAAAGCAGAACAAUGGGAAAUUGUGUUUCUCGCCUCCUUUUCCACAUGUAUUCCUGGAUCAGGGUGGAAGGGAACAGAGAGAAAUGCACAGGCUGUUUACAGGAGCUGGCGGGAGAGGAGGGGGAGAGAGAGAAAGAGAGAAAGGAAGGAUGAAGAAGCAGCCGGUGCCCAGAGGUCAACGCUCCCUUCGAAGAUGAGGAGGGGCAAGAAGGAGCCAUCCGCCUCCGGAGGAGGUCAGCAGGACCUCGCCUUCGGCCCUUGGUACGGAGCGGCUGCUCCCAUCAUAGAGCCUUCUUCAUGAGACCCCACCAGCACUGCCAUGGCCAGUAGCCCUUCAGCGAGCCACAAGGCUGCUCAUUUGGAAAACCUAAGGAUGCUCCACGGGCAGAGGUGACUUCUCUUGAGCGUCUCCUCCUUGACCCACGAGGUGCCACGAGUCAGGAUUCCGAGGAAUGGUGCUUCCUUGGGCCAUGAAAACACAUUCCUAGGAUGGUUUGGGACCCUCCAGUGAGCGGCUGCCGGUUUGGAGAAGCCCCCCAGCUCCUUCCCGUCAGCGCUGCUUGAAGAUUGAAGUCUCUGUGCUCAGGCCUCCUCCUCCUCCUCCCCCCCCCCAGGAUGCAGCCGCCUCUCCUGGUCCUGGCUUCCUGGCUUCUCUCCUCUCUGCCGGGGGUCUCCGCCAUCUUCCAAAGGCCAACUGGGAAUCCAGCGCCGCCGCUGCCCCUCCAGUACCUGCUGGAGCCGGUGACCAAGCAGGUGGUCACCCAGAGAGGAGCCUCGGCCACCCUGCCCUGCGUGCUGCGGGCCCCGCCCCCCCCGAACUACAAGGUCCGCUGGAGCAAGGUGGAGCCCUCCGAGUACAUGGAGGUGGCCAUCCUGAUCACCAACGGGGCCCACCACAAGACCUACGGCCCGCUGGGCAGCCGGGCCCACCUGAGGCACAGCCACCGCCAGGACGCCUCGCUGGUCAUCGCCGACGUGGGGCUGGAGGACGAGGGGCGCUACCGCUGCCAGCUGGUCCACGGCCUGGAAGACGAGAGCAUCUCUCUGCUGCUGCAGCUGGCGGGCGUCACCUUCCCCUACCAGACCAGCCAAGGGCGCUACAAAUUCAAUUACUUCGAAGCCAAGAAAGCGUGCCAAGACCAGGAUGCCCGGCUGGCCACCUACGGACAACUCUACAAAGCUUGGACCGAAGGCCUGGACUGGUGCAAUGCCGGCUGGGUCCUGGAAGGGACGGUGCACUACCCCAUCAUCAACUCCCGGGAGCCCUGCGGGGGCCGCCUCCUUCUCCCGGGAGUCCGCAGCUACGGCCCCAAGGACAAGCGGAGAGACCGCUUCGACGCCUUCUGCUUCACUUCGGCCCUGAAAGGCCGGGUCUAUUUCAUCCGGGGCCACCUGAACUUCAAGGAGGCCUCUCUGGCCUGCCGGAAGGACGGCGCCGCCAUGGCCAAGGUGGGGCAGCUCUACGCCGCCUGGAGCUUCUCCCGGCUGGACCGCUGCGACGCCGGCUGGCUGGACGACGGCAGCGUCCGCUACCCCAUCACCGCCCCCCGCAGUGGCUGCGGGGGCCUCCCAGACCCCGGGGUCCGCAGCUUCGGCUUCCCCAGCAAGCUGCGCAAGAAAUACGGCGCCUACUGCUACGCGGCCAAGUAGAGGGCCAGAGGCCCCCGCCAGGGCGGUCCGUGGGGCCAGAGCCCGGCUGCUGCCUUCCCGGGACCCGGCGGGACCCUUCUCCGCGCCGGGACGCCUCUUUCUCGGAGGAGUUUCUUGGGGCGUGGCCGGGGGCCGCCCUCUAACAGGGACUAGCGCCUUCACUAGCCCAGACUUCCCCUGGGCCUCGGCCUGCAGCUCAGGAAAGUCUGCAUCAGCUGCAAUCCGCCCCCUCCAUCGUGUGUGUGUGUGUGUGUGUGUCUCUCUCUGCCGCAGAAGCCGCUUGCUCCAGCUGUGGGGGGGCCCCCCCGCUUCGCCUGCCUUGACCCGCCUUGUGGUUUGGGCAGCCCAGUUAGUCCCCCCUCCUAGGCUCCUUCCCUGCCCCAUCUCACCGGGGCACUGCCUAACCGCUGCUUUGCACACGCCCUCCUUGGCCACCGUGGCCAGCUCUUGCCGCCAUCGGCAACCUCUCUUGUGCUGAACGUGUCCGCCUGGCCGUCUGUGACUGCAAUCAAAUUGGGGCAAGGCAGAGGCCCCCCUGGUCAGGAGACCUGUGGAGGCAGGCGGUUUCUCCACUAGUUCUUGAUGCGGCUUGAAGGAGCCUGGCCGCAGCCUGGGACGGGGCCUGCAGACGGAUGCCCAGGCCAGUGGGGCAGGGGUGGGGGGCUUUGCCCAUCUCCCACUGGUGUGCCAGCCGCACCCUUUCCUGUCUCAGCCUGACCUUGCCGUGAACCAUGCCCAGAUUACACUCUGACUGGAUUACUGCCACACACUCUCCCUGGGUCUGCCCUAGGAGACUGUUUAGCCACCUCAGCUGGUUCAGAAUGAGCUGCUAAGGUCUGGGUGGGGGCAAGGCCCUUCGGGAGGAGGCAGCUGCACUGGGUGCAGGCUUGUUUCUAGGCACAAGUGCUGGUGAUGGUCACCGUUAAGGCCCUAAAUGGUCUGGGGCCAGGAUAUAUGCAGGCCCAUAUGACUCUGCCUGGCCCAUAAUAGCUUUCAAAGAGGACCACCUGCCUGUGCUGCCUCCCUUGGAGGUCUGUCUGGUGGACACAGAGAACAGAGUCUUCUCAGUGGUAGCCCACAGCCUGUGGAACUCUUUCCCACUGGAAAUCCAACCGGCCUCGUCUUUUCCUCUAUUCCAUCGCCUCACGAAGACCUGGCUGUCUGGGCAGGAUUUUGCUUACUUACCUCGGGCGCCCACCCCUUCUGAGAUUUCCCUUCAGCCUGUUAAUCCCACGUGCCUGGCCUUGGGUUUGUGUUUUAAUUAUUAUAUUGUACUAUGGUAUUGUUCUUGUUCACUGUUGUUCUGCCUUGGAUCUUUUGGAGAAAAGCAGGAGAGCGCUUGAAAAAUAAACCAGCCCAUAAUAUCA